CUGGAGUCAAGUUGCUUUUGGAGAGCGUGAAGAUAAUCCGUUUCAGCUGCGUAGAGGAUCAGACAGUCACAUAAAUGCAGUAUCUAAACGUAAAAGAAGAUUGCAAAGCCAUGGCUUUCUGUGCAAAAAUGAGGAGCACGAAGAAGAGCGAAGUAAACCUGGAAGCUCAGCAUCAGGGUUUGGAAAUACAUUUCUACCUGCAAGAUAAAAAUCCCAUUUGUUACACCAGUGGCGAGUUCACCUCAGAGGAGCUGUGCAUUGAAGCUGCCCAGAAGUGUUCUGUAUCUCCUCUCUGCCAUAAUCUCUUCGCGCUGUAUGAUGAAAACAAAAAACUCUGGUAUGCACCAAACAAGGUCUUUAAGAUAGAUGAAAAAACAUCCCACCGGCUCCAUUAUCGAAUGAGAUACUACUUCACAAACUGGCAUGGGACUAGUGAAAGUGAACCCUCGGUGUGGAGGCACUCGCCAAGGAAGGCAAAGAGCUCUUACGAGAAGAAGACAAUGCCAGAAGGAACCCCUAUACUUGAUGCAAACUCAUUAGAAUACAUCUUUGCACAGGGUCAGUAUGACUUAGUGAAAGGCCUGGCACCAAUCCGUGAUCCUAAAAAUGAUCAAGAGGUUCAUGAAAUCGAAAACGAAUGCCUGGGGAUGGCUGUCCUUGCCAUCUCUCACUAUGCCAUCAAGAAAAACGUGAAGCUUCCAGAGCUUCCCAAAGAUAUCAGUUAUAAGCUUUAUAUUCCUGAAACGUUGAACAAGACGAUCAGACAGAGGAACUUCUUAACCAGGAUUCGGAUAAAUAAUGUUUUCAAGCAUUUCCUUAAAGAGUUUAACAACAAAACCAUUUGCGACAGUAGUGUGUCUCCACGGGAUCUGAAAGUGAAAUACUUAUCAACAAUGGAGACCUUGACUAAACAUUAUGGAGCAGAAAUUUUUGAGACUUCGUUUUUGCUGAUUUCAUCUGAGAAUGAAAUCAAUCGAUUUAAUUGUGGAGACAACGAGAACCCUCAAGUAUAUGAAGUCAUCGUAACGGGAAACAACGGAAUUCAGUGGAGGCUCAAGCCAAAUUCUGUACAGACGGAGAAAGAGAAGAAGAAAAAAUCUGACAGCAAAAACAAAAAGGAUGAAGAAAAACACAGAAUUCGAGACUCAUGGAACAAUUUUUCCUAUUUUCCUGAAAUCACCCACAUUGUCAUCAAGGAGUCUACAGUCAGCAUUAACAAACAGGAUAAUAAAAGGAUGGAAUUAAAGCUGUCCUCACACGAUGAGGCCCUGUCGUUUGCGUCAUUGAUCGAUGGAUAUUUCAGACUCACAGCAGACGCCCACCAUUACCUCUGCACAGACGUGGCUCCCCCCCUCAUUGAGCACAACAUAAAAAACGGAUGCCACGGACCCAUUUGCACGGAAUAUGCCAUCAACAAGCUGCGGCAGGAGGGGAACGAAGAGGGAAUGUAUGUGCUGAGGUGGAGCUGCACCAACUUCAACCACAUCCUCAUGACAGUGACUUGUUUCGAAGGCUCAGAGCAGAUGAUAAAUAAUUCAAUCCAGUACAAGAACUUCCAGAUCGAGGUGAAGAAAGGCGGGUACUUCCUACAUGGUUCAAACAAGUCUUUCUCCUCCUUAAAAGAGCUGAUGGAUCACCUGAAAGGACAAAUACUUCGGACAGACAACAUAAGCUUUACACUGAAGAGGUGCUGCCAACCCAAACCAAGAGAAAUCUCCAACUUGCUUGUUGCAACCAAGAAGGCGCAGGAAUGGCAGCCCGUUUACCACCUGGGGCAGCUGAGUUUCCACCGAAUCCUCAAGGAAGAAAUCAUCCAGGGAGAACAUCUUGGCAGAGGGACGAGAACACAGAUUUACUCAGGGAUUCUCAACUACAAAGACGAUGAGAAUGAAGGCUAUCAGAAUGAAAAAGAGAUUAAAGUCCUCCUCAAAGUCUUGGACCCCAGCCACAGAGACAUUUCUUUGGCCUUCUUCGAAACGGCAAGCAUGAUGAGGCAGGUGUCUCACAAGCACAUCGUCCUCCUCCACGGCGUCUGCGUCCGUGACGUUGAAAAUAUCAUGGUUGAGGAGUUCGUUGAAUUUGGGCCUCUGGAUCUCUUCAUGCAUCGGAAGAGUGAAGUUCUGACAACUCCCUGGAAAUUCAAAGUUGCCAAGCAACUGGCAAGCGCGCUGAGCUACUUGGAGGAUAAGGAUUUGGUGCAUGGAAAUGUGUGUACUAAAAACAUCCUCCUGGCAAGAGAGGGAAUUGACACGGAAUAUGGUCCUUUCAUCAAGCUGAGCGACCCAGGAAUACCCAUAACUGUGCUGUCCCGGCAAGAAUGUGUGGAGCGAAUCCCCUGGAUUGCGCCCGAGUGCGUGGAAGACUCCAAGAACCUGAGCGUUGCAGCAGAUAAGUGGAGUUUUGGUACAACCCUGUGGGAAAUCUGCUAUAACGGGGAAAUACCGCUGAAAGACAAGACGUUGGCAGAGAAGGAGAGGUUCUACGAGGGGCAUUUCGUGUUGGCGACGCCGUCGUGCAAGGAACUGGCCGACCUGAUGAAACAGUGCAUGAACUACGACCCCCACCAGAGACCCUUCUUCAGAGCCAUCAUGAGGGACAUCAACAAACUGGAGGAACAAAAUCCCGACAUCGUCUCGGAGAAGAAACCUGUGACGGAGGUCGAUCCCACUCUCUUUGAAAAGCGAUUCCUGAAGAGAAUCCGUGACCUGGGGGAGGGCCACUUUGGCAAGGUUGAGCUCUGCAGAUACGACCCAGAAGGUGACAACACCGGGGAGCAAGUGGCGGUGAAAUCGCUGAAGCCGGAGAGCGGAGGGAAUCACAUCGCUGACCUCAAGAAGGAAAUAGAAAUCCUGAGGAAUCUUUAUCACGAGAACAUCGUCAAAUACAAGGGAAUUUGCACAGAAGAUGGAGGAAGUGGGAUUAAACUCAUCAUGGAAUUUCUUCCUUCUGGGAGCCUGAAGGAGUAUCUCCCGCGGAACAAGAACAAAAUCAACCUCAAGCAGCUUCUCAGAUACGCGGUUCAGAUCUGCAAGGGAAUGAACUAUUUGGGCUCCUGUCAGUACGUGCACCGUGACUUAGCAGCAAGAAACGUCCUUGUGGAAAGCGAGAACCGAGUGAAGAUCGGAGACUUCGGUCUCACCAAGGCCAUCGAGACCGACAAGGAGUACUACACCGUCAAGGACGACCUCGACAGCCCUGUCUUUUGGUACGCCCCGGAGUGCCUGCUCCAGAGUAAAUUCUACAUCGCCUCGGACGUCUGGUCGUUCGGGGUGACGCUGUACGAGCUGCUGACCUACUGUGAUUCCGAGGCCAGUCCCAUGGCAGAGUUCCUGAAGAUGAUCGGCCCCACGCAGGGACAGAUGACGGUGGCUCGGCUGGUGCGAGUCUUGCAAGAAGAGAAGCGUUUGCCGCGGCCGCCCAACUGCCCAGAGGAGGUGGACCAGCUGAUGAGGAAGUGUUGGAUAUUCAAGCACGAUGAACGGACAACCUUUCACAAUCUGAUUCAAGGAUUUGAAACAAUUAUGAGUAAAAUGUAAUGAUUUAUUUUUUUUUUUUUAUACCGUCAGUACUUUGCGUGUCAAAAUAUAAAUGCCCACGGCCUGUCGUUUUUUUUAACUACUGUAAUUUGUACUCUGACUGUGCUACUGUGUUUAAAGGAUUCUUUUUCCAACAGUUUUCCUUUUUAAUUUUAGUCAACAGUUGGAUGGACUGAAUUAAAAGGUAUGGCAGGAACCAAUCGCUUCAACUCCUUUUGCUGCCGUCACCCCAAAGCAGUUUUAUCUUACUUUUCCCCGCUGACGGUCUCCGCGCAAUUAGAGCGACCCUGCUAAUUGCCAGGGGCAGGCUCCUGGGAUAAGGGCACCAGGGGCCAUGAGAGGACUUGACACAGCAAUUUAAUAAUUUUGAUGGGGUUUUGAGAAAAAGUUUGCCUGCAGGUAUAUCCUUCCCGUGCAAUUAAAUUGUAGAAAGAACAAAAAUCCACAACUCUGGCAUAAAAAAAGCCAGAUAAGAGAAAAAAAAAAAAACACCUCGUUUUAACGAGGCUGCAGUUCUGAGCUCUUGGAUGUUUUUGAAAAUAAUAAUUAAAAAAAAGCUUUACUGGGCUGCUCAAAAAGAUACCAACCAACCAAAGCAGGGAGCCACCUGGAUAGCUGUGCUUCUCAUGGAGAAACCUGGUUUUGGGAUAAAUAGAUUUGCUUUUCCUAGGUUCCCCCCCCCCAUUUCCACCUGCUGACGCUUCCAGCGUGGCUGUGGCUGUGAGAGGUGCCCAGGGGCUGCUCUGCGCCUUGUCCUGCCCCUCAGCUGCAGGGAAUUAACUGCAUGUGCUAAGGAUAGAAAAGAAAAAAUGUUUAGCUGCAAUCUGGGGGAGGGAGGGGGUGCUCCCCUAAAAAUAAUGGGCUAGAAGAGAAGAACACCUGAAGAGUGGAGCCAGGGGUGCAGGCCGAGGGGUGCCCCUCACCCCCGGCAGGUUUUUGGGGCACAGAUUUCUUUGGCUGACACCCGAAUUCAUUUUUAGCAGUUCUGCAACACUGUUCCUUUGGCCUGAGAGGCCCAUUCUUUAAAUCACGGCAUCACCCUUUAUUUAAUAAUUAGACUCCCAGAGCCCAACCACAGGAGGGAGCGGUGUCCAGUUCCCUGGAGGGAAAACCAGUGGGGCCGCACUGGGACCAGUUCGCUUUAGCUGCCAGCCCCAGCCUCAGCACUCGAGCCCAGGGCUCCCGGUUUCUAAACCCCUCGGGUGCCAAUAAAACAGUGGUUUAACUGGAAACCUUUUGCUGAGCAGUGACCUAAGGUCAUACCCUUGAAGAGCUGAUACUCGGUGCUGGCAAUAACAGAAAGGCGACUUUAAAUACAUAUCUAUAUAUAUAUAUAAUUGUAAUUAUGAGCUGCAACGAGGUCAGAUUUAUUUUUACAGUAUUACAUUAUUUUUUCUGUAUGUCACUUACGAACCCGAUAUGAAUCUGUAAGCACUUUGUUACUCUUUAUACAAGCCAAAUUUAAUAAAGAUUUUUUUUUUCUCCA